AUGGCAGAAAAACUGAUCGGACGAAAAAUCAAACCCUCCAGGACUCCCAUUUCAUUCAAGAUGUCGUCUCUUUCAGAGCUGGUAUCGGAAUUGGCAAUCCAUUCUGAGAAGAGGCAGUACAAAGAAGCAUAUGAGAAAGCAAAGCGCAUUAUAGAUUUGGGCCACCCUCUUGACCUUGACACAUUGAAGCUAGGUUUGGUGGCUUCGAUCAACCUGGACCAAUAUCACAACGCAGGUCGCCUCAUAUCAAAAAGUAAGGAUCAUAUCGUAUAUGAUGGAAUGAAGGAAUUCUUGCUAUUAAUUGGAUAUGUGUACUACAAGAACGGAGACUCGAAGAAUUUUGAAACUCUACUAAAGGAUUCAGCUUUCCAAGGAAGAGCAUUUGAACACCUCAAAGCCCAAUACUAUUACAAGAUCGGGGAGAACGAAAAGGCACUCAAGAUUUACCGAGAGCUAUCUAAGAACCCAUUGGAUGAAGUUGUAGACUUGAGUGUCAAUGAAAGAGCUGUCAUUAGCCAGCUUUUGGAAUUGGAUGGUGUCGUUGAACAGCCUGUAUCUCGACCAAUAGACGACUCAUACGAUUGCAAAUUCAACGAUGCCCUUUACCAGGUAAAGAUUGGUGACUAUGAAUCUGCAUUGGAUCUCUUGGAAGAAGCCAAAGCCAUAUGUGAAGAAAAUACAAAAGAUCUGCCUUUGGACACACGAGAAGCAGAGAUUGUUCCUAUUCUGUUACAAAUUGCUUACGUCAAACAACUUAAGGGUAAAAAGGAAGAAUCCUUGACUGCGCUGAGAAGUCUUUCUAAACCAAAGGACUCUCUUUUAGAUCUUAUUUACAGAAAUAACUUACUGUCAUUAAGGAUUGAUGAAUACGGAAGAAAUGAUACCAACUUUCAUAUUCUUUAUCGUGAGUUAGGAUUCCCUAAUUCGAUAGACAUUAAUAAAGACAAGUUGACAGUGUCCCAAAGGGUUGCGUUGACCAGAAAUGAAUCAUUAUUGGCACUCGAGCUUGGAAAGAUCCCAUCUCAAAGUGAUCUCAAGCUCUUUUAUGAUGCUACUUCGGAAUUUUUAGAUUUGAACACCAAGCUAGAAGCCUCAAUGAUUUAUAAUUAUUUCAUGAGACGCCCUGGCCAGCAAGAGGUUCCAAAUGCUCUUUUAACUGCACAGCUGGCUAUCAACGUUGGUAACAUCAAUAAUGCAAGAACUGUUCUUGAAACUGUGGUGUCGAACGACGAAAAGAAUUUACUAGAACCAUCUAUUGUGGUAUCUUUGUAUUUGAUUUACGAUAAGCUUCAAAGCGGAAGAUUGCAAGUUGAACUCCUGAAGAAAGUAGCGGAUCUUUUGCUAGAAUCAGAGAUUUCCAGCACUCAACAACGUAAGUUUUUCAAAGAUAUUGCCUUCAAAACCCUCAAUCACGAUGCAGUUUUGGCCAAUCGACUAUUUGAGAAACUGCAUAGUAUUUACCCUAAUGAUGAGUUGGUAUCCACGUACUUGAACUCUUCAUCUAAUGCAUCCAACAAUAACACUACCACGACCAACUUCUCCGAAUUGGACGACUUGGUCCUAGGCAUAGACACGGAUAAGCUUAUUAGUGAAGGAUUUGAUACUUUUGAGUCCAGCAAAAGACCGACCACGAUUAUCAGCUCAACUAACAAGAAACGUCGUACUAGAUUGAAGCCCAAACAUGAAGCCAAGGAAAAGUAUAAGCGUCUGGAUGAGGAAAGAUGGUUACCUUUAAAGGACCGCAGUUAUUACAGACCCAAAAAGGGAAAGAAAAUUAGAAAUACCACUCAGGGUACUGUCACUAGUAAUACUAGUGAAAUAAGUGGCUUGAAAAAGACUCUGCCAAAGAAAAGUUCCAAAAAGAAAGGAAGAAAAUGA